AUGGACGGCCGGUGGUCUGUCGUGUUGGCCGUUGUCGCCGCGGGACUGAUACUGAGGUGCGACAGUCGUGAAAAUCGCACAGGUGGUGGCAAGAAACACAUUUUAACAGACACUUCUGAUAAGCUGCUGCAGACGACUGGAGUUCGUUUAACACAGAACAAAUCAGCAGCACUGUCCAAUUUAAACAUUACAUCACAUCCCAUCAGACCGCUGUCUUCUUCUUCUGGAGCGCGCGACGGAUCAAGAGAUGGAUCUCAGGGCAAAUCCAAGCUCUCCGACCGGGAAAGCGUGUUGCUGUUGCGCAGAGCCCCGAGGCAGUUAAACGGGGUCAGCUCAGCUCGGUCGAGGUCGAGUUCAGGGACUGCAGGCAGUGGAGGAAAGUCGGGUACCUCCAAGCGCCUGGUUGGACCUCAUGUAUGUGGACAGCAGUGCUGCUCUGGAUGGGCGGUGGCCCGAGGACUCAACCGCUGCAUCAAACCGGACUGCCAGCCCCCGUGUCAGAAUCGUGGUUCCUGUAGCCUCCCCCACACCUGUGUGUGCCGCUCAGGGUUCCAGGGCGCCAGGUGUGAGGAGGUGGCGCCUGAGCAGGUGUACGUCCGCAGCGCAGCGGGAGGCGCCCGCCCCUUCACCCCCUUCAAGCCAGGUGUGGAGAAGCCUCAGCCGCAGCAGCAGCAGUCGGUUCAGAGGCGAGAGCCAGUGGACAAGCAGCCCAAACCAGCCACCGUCAGGCCCCCCCUCUCCUCCCUGACAACCCUGACCAGACAGUCCUCGGCCGCUUCCUCCUCCCGCCAGUCCAGCAUCCUGUCUCGGAUGGCCCGCCGUUACCCAGAACCCACCUUGCCCAUCACCUCCAACGCACUGCCCUCUGGGAACGGCCCACACGCAGCAGGAGCAGGCGGCGGUGGUAGCCAUGGAAACGGUCACCAUCAUGGACACCACUACGGCCACUUUGGCCCAGCGCUGCAGGAUAACGGUGGACACGGCGCUGUCAACAGUGUGGCCGUCCCAUCUGGUGCUAACCUCACCCAGGCUGGCCUGAACCGCAUCAAGAUCGUCUUCACCCCCGUGGUAUCAGGUGCUAACCUAACGCAGGCUGGCCUGAACCGGAUAAAGAUCGUCUUCACCCCGAUGGUGUGUCGGCGUACGUGCUCGGGCGGCCGCUGCUCCAACAGCUGUGAGCGGGGGGAGAAGACCACCAUCUUCAGCGAGAACCAGGGCCCACUGCCUACCAGCCAGGGCUUCCGCCUCUUCUUCUGUCAGCUGCCGUGUCUGAAUGGGGGUCGCUGUAUCGGCCAGAACCAGUGCUGGUGCCCCUCCAACUCCACCGGGAAGUUCUGCCACCUGCCCGCCCCCGCGCCCAACAGGGUGCCCGCGCAGGCGGCCAAUGGGAACGAACGGAACGCUCACUCCGUCUACACCUUGCCGCUGUCCAAUCAGGAAGUAUCUGGUGGUCAGCAGCCGUCCCUGGUGAACGUCCACAUCCAGCACCCCCCGGAGGCUGAGGUGCAGGUGCACGGGGUGGCUCACGUCAAGCAGACCGGCGCCGGCACUGCGCCGCAUCUCAGCCACGCCGACGCCGCAUCCCACUCUGUACAGCAACGCUCGCAGCCUGCUGCCAACGGCCACAGCAACGACCUUCAGUACCCCAGCCAAGGUCAAGGUCACGCGGACGGUGGCAGCAAGACUGGCGGCGCCACGAGGCCCGUCACCAGGCAGAACACACACGUGGGACGCUGCUUUCAGGAGACGGUGGACGGACAGUGUGGUAAGCCGUUGCCAGGCCUGACGAAGCAGGAGGACUGCUGUGGCAGCGUGGGAUCAUCCUGGGGGCUCAACAAGUGCACCGACUGCCCCGCCAAACCAGCCUAUGCGGUCAUUGCCAAUGGGCGGGUGGAAUGCCCCAAAGGCUUCAAGCGGAUGAACUCCACACAUUGCCAGGAUAUUAACGAGUGCCUGAUGCCUGGCAUCUGUAAGCAUGCAGACUGUAUCAACACCAAAGGCAGCUACAGGUGCACGUGUAAGCCGGGCUACAUGCUGGACACCUCCCGCAGCUACUGCGUCUCGGACAAGGCGGUGUCGGUGACUAAGGAGGUGUGCUACCGCUCCCCGUCAGCAGGGGGCUCCACCUGUUCUCUGCCCCUCCCCCAGCGCAUCACCAGACAGGUGUGCUGCUGCAGCCGCGUGGGCAAGGCCUGGGGACCCGGGUGUGAGACCUGCCCCCUGCCAGACACAGACCACUUCAAGGAGAUUUGCCCGGCCGGCCACGGCUUCACCUACUCGCACUCCGACAUCCAGAUCUCUCUCAGGGAGAUGGAGGAGGAGGAGAUGAACAGUGCUGAACACCACCACCACCACCAUCAGACCCACCACCACCACCAGACCCACCACCACAACCAGCACCAUCCUACUCAGACUCACCAUACGACCCAGCAUCAUGGUCACGGGUCUGGCUUGCCUCACCCUCAUCCAUCCCUACCCACCCACCAGCCGCACCACCCCCCACACCGCAUCCCACAGGAGCCCAGCACGCCCCACAGACCUGCCCACCCACAGCCCAGCACGCCAACUGACCCCAGAUUGUCCCCAGUUGACCCCAGAUUGUCCCCAGUUGACCCCAGAUUGUCCCCAGUUGACCCGAGAUUGUCCCCAGUUGACCCGAGAUUGUCCCCAAAUGACCCAAGAUUGUCCCCAGUUGACCCGAGAUUGUCCCCAACUGAUCCAAUAGUCUCUCCAACUGACCCAAGAUUGUCCCCAACUGACCCAAGAUUGUCCCCAGUUGACCCAAGAUUGUCCCCAGUUGACCCAAGAUUGUCCCCAACUGACCCAAGAUUGUCCCCAGUUGACCCAAGAUUGUCCCCAGUUGACCCUAAAGGUGCCCUGGACUUACCUACAUAUGAGUUUACAGUGCCCCUGCCCUCACUUCCUGUCAGCAGUCCCCAGACGCCCAUACACCACAGCCAUACAGAAGACCCCCGACAGACAGGCACAGCCACUGGCACAGCCAUAGGCACAGCCACAGCCAUAGGCACAGCCACAGGAACAAGCACAGCCACUGGCACAGCCACAGGCACAGGCACAGCCACAGAGACAGGCACAGGCACAAGCACAGGCACAAGCACAAGCACGGGCAGAGGGACAGUUACGGGGACAGGCACAGGCACGGGUGCGAGCACAGGCUCGGGCACGGGCACAGGCCCGGGAGGCAGAGGGACAAUUACGGGCACAAGCACGGGGACGGGGACGGGGACGGGGAUGGGGACGGGUGCAAGCACGGGCACGGGUGCAAGCACGGGGACGGGGACAAGCACAAGCAGAGGCACCAGCACCGUCCCUUCAAAACAGUCUCCACAUGGUGAGUCAACAGAUGAUUACAGCAGUGUACUGCUGCAGUGUAUUGAUGCAGUGAAUUUGAACAGCAUGACCUUUUGCAGACGUGAGUGUGUUUUUUUUCAAAGAUUUGCACUGUAUUUCCAGGUCUAUCUACCGGACUCCACAUCCCUCCAUCCAGAGUUGACAGAAUUUCCCACCCCUGCUGUUACUUCACCGCAGAAGCCAGAUGUAAUAACGAGGGUUAACGAGCAGGAAACCACCAGCGCCACUAAUGAGGCCACCCAGGAAAUAGAACUGGACCGGUGCCGGCUGACGCCUGCCAUCUGUGGGCCGGGCCAGUGUGUGUCGGUGCAGACCGGCUACAGGUGUUUGUGUGACCCAGGCUACCAGCUCAAUGGCCUGCAGACUCACUGCAUUGAUGUGAAUGAGUGUGAGGAUGACGUGUGUGGUGAGAAGGCCCUCUGCUCCAACACCUACGGCUCCUACACCUGCAGAUGCCAGAUGGGCUACAGCAUGGUCCUCACGCAGAACAGGAGGUCCUGCCAAGAUGUGAAUGAGUGUGACAUGCCUAAUAAGUGUCCGGGUCCGGGAGUGCAGUGUGUCAACACUGAUGGCUCCUUCACAUGUCAAUGCCAGACAGGCUUCAGGAAGAACUGGAGAGGACACUGUGAAGAUAUCAAUGAGUGCAUGAGCAUUGGCACGUGUGCUGACGGUCGCUGUGUGAACUCUCAAGGAUCCUUCACGUGCGUGUGCCACGCGGGGUACGAGGCUGGGCCGGAUCAGAGCAGCUGCCAUGAUGUGGACGAGUGCCUCCUCCAGGGUGUGUGUGAUAAUGGGGAGUGUACCAAUCUGCAAGGCUCCCACCGCUGCACCUGUAAACUGGGAUACCAGGCCAUGCAGGCGGGCAAGGCCUGCCAAGAUAUCGACGAGUGUGCCUUCAGAAACUCCUGUCCCAGUGGUGUAUGCACUAACACCAAGGGCUCCUUCACCUGCACCACCUGCCAGCCUGGCUUCACCAGAUCAGCUGAUGGCAAGAGAUGUGAAGAUAUUGAUGAGUGUGCCCAGGCCCUGUGUCCUGAUGGGGUGUGCACCAACACUGAAGGUUCCUACUCGUGCACGCGGUGCCAAGCCGGCUUCAGGCUGUCUGGGGACCGACAGAGGUGCGAGGAUAUUGAUGAGUGUCUGUCUGCUGUGUCCGUCUGCAACAACGGCAUCUGUCUGAACUCGGAGGGAUCCUACUCCUGCUCCGCCUGCCCCACCGGGUACCUCGUCUCUGCAGACGGAGAGAUCUGCGAAGACAUUGACGAGUGCCGUUCUGGUAGCGUGUGUCCUCUCGGUCUCUGCAUGAACACACCUGGCUCCUUCUCCUGCAUGGCCUGUGACACCGGAUACACACUCUCCUCUGACAAGGCCACAUGCGAAGAUGUGGAUGAGUGUGAGGAUGUUGACAGCUGUGUGGGAGGGGAGUGUUCUAAUACACCGGGAUCCUUCACCUGCUCCUGUCCUGCAGGAUUCCAACACCAUGACUCUGGCUGCACAGAUGUUGAUGAGUGCCUGACAGCUGGUGUGUGUGGUGAUGGGGAGUGUGAGAAUACGGAGGGUUCUUUCCUGUGUGUGUGUCCAGUGGGCUAUGCCCAGGCCAGCGAUGGAUUUGGCUGCCAAGACGUGGACGAGUGCAAGAAGGGGAAUGUGUGUUUCCAGGGCGAGUGUCUCAACACGGUCGGCUCCUACCAGUGUGUGUGUGAGGCCGGCUACAAGUUCUCUACACAUACCGGAGACUGUGAAGAUGUGGACGAGUGUAAGGAGUAUGGCAGUGACAUCUGUGGGGCGUGGCUCUGUGAGAACACUCUGGGGUCGUACCGCUGCUUCAUGGGCUGCCAGCCGGGAGAGGAGGGCGCCCACUGUGAUGUGGAUGAGUGUUUGAACGAGACGAUCUGCGGUGAGCACGGAUUCUGUGAGAACACCCAGGGCUCUUACCUCUGCCAAUGCUACAGCGGAUACACCAACGCCCAAGACUCGCAGGAGUGUGUCGAUAUAAAUGAGUGUGAGACGAGUGUGGACUACUGUGGUGAAGCCCUGUGUGAGAACGUGGAGGGCAGCUUCCUCUGCAUCUGUGCCAGCGACAGCCAGGAGUUCGACCCCAUCACUAACCAGUGCCACAACAUCAGACCCGGCCUCGCUGAAACAGAGACCAUAGGCGUCCCCUUUGCCUCAGCGUCGCCCCCCGAUGGCAAGGAGAGGAAGGACUGCUACUACAACCUGGAGGAUGCCAGCGUGUGCCAGAACGUGCUGUCGCGUAACGCCACCCGAGAGGAGUGCUGCUGCACGGUGGGCGCCGGCUGGGGGGAGAGCUGCCAUCAGGUCCAGCCCUGUCCUCCUACUGGCAGAGCUGAGUAUGACCUGCUCUGUCCGAAGGGGAACGGGGUGCUGCCUGUCACCACAGCCCAUGGACUCCAGCUCUUCAAAGACGCGGAUGAAUGUUCGAUGUUUGGGUCGGAGAUCUGCAAAAAUGGCGUCUGCAACAACCACUUCGCCUCCUACUCCUGCUACUGUCAGAAUGGCUAUUACUAUGACAACCUCCGCCUGGAAUGCGUGGACCAUGAUGAGUGCCAGGAGGAGGGUGUGUGUGUGGGAGGGGUGUGUGUCAACACUGCGGGCUCCUUCAACUGCUUCUGCAGCCCGCCCUUCGUCCUGGACAACACGCGCCGACGCUGCGUAUCCGGAAACGCCUCCGACACCUUCUCCACGGCGGACGGCCUGGGUCUGGACGAUGAUGACGUCCACAUGGACAUCUGCUGGCAGCAGCUGACCGACGAUGACAUGUGUUCCCACCCUCUGAUUGGCUCCCGCACCACCUACACGGAAUGCUGCUGUCUCCAUGGCAUCGCCUGGGGCAAACUCUGUGCCUUCUGCCCGGAAAAAUCCUCUCAUGACUUUGCCACCCUGUGUAACCUGCCGGGUCGAGGCUCCUCAGACAGCCUCCAGGAGGGUCCGUCCUACGAGUACGACCCCGAUGACCUUUCACCCCAGGGUCCAUACGGGCCGCCCUAUUGGAGCAACUACGGCCCGCUAGGAGGAGAGGAGGGCGCCGACACGGAAGGGGCGUAUUAUGACCCAGAGGGGCCCCAGUCUGUGCCUCUGUUCACGGGCCCCUCCAGUGACUAUGGCAACGGUGGAGAGGUGAUCCGCCAUAGGCCGGCUCCUGUUCCUGUUCCAGUUCCUGUUCCUGUUCCGAGGCCCAGGGAAAACCCCGCCCCCAGGCUCUUGGACGACGUCAGAGGUCGCCAUGACAGCUUCGAGGGACUGCAGGCGGAGGAGUGUGGCAUCCUGAACGGCUGUGAAAAUGGCCGCUGCGUGCGCGUGCGCGAGGGCUACACCUGCGACUGCUUCGACGGCUUUGAACUGGACCUCGACAAGAUGGCCUGCAUAGAUAUAAACGAGUGUGAGGACAUUGCUGUGAAGGAGGCGCUGUGCAAGAAUGGACUGUGUCUGAACACAGAAGGCUCCUACAAGUGUGACUGUCUGCCAGGAUUCAGCGCCACCACCAAACUACAUGAGUGCAUCCCAGAGCCCCAGAACAUCACACCACCUAGUGGAGACGAGAAGUAACUGCAAGUCCAGAACACACCGCCUGGUGGACAAGAGAAGUAACUGCAAGUCCUUACCACCAGAAGCAGCAUUCCAAACAGUGAAGGGCAAAAUGGAUGCAUUAGUUACAUUCCAGUGCCACAUAUUUCAAAUGACCCCGUUUUACCUGUUCAAUCCAACCAGUUGAUCAUUCAACCAGCCAAUCACCUGGCAAAAUUGGACAAAUUGGUAAAACAAAGUCAUUUGGGAUAUGUGGCACUGGAUCGUAACUAAGGACUCCAUUUUGCUCUUCAUUGAUUCCAAAUGGCCUUAUUUUGCCUUCCUCAAGCUUUCCCCCACCCCCUGUCGUAAGCUUUUGUCCAUAAAGCCCCGAACCGCUCUGUGUUAACGUAGAGACAUGGACACACGUCGUCAUUCAUUUCUUGUUGUACAUACUAUAGCUCACAUAAAGAACAGAGGCUUUGUACUCGAAUGGAACUGUCUGGCGAUAGCUAAGUAUACUGUAAGUCCAUGACUUACUGUAACCGCACAAAUAGACCAGGCGCGAUGCGAUUCAAGCGACAGAGUGCAGCAGCAAGCGAUACGAGCGAUUGAAGAGACUAGAGUAUGUCCGUACAGGCAGAAGGCAAAGCAUUCAAGCAUUCCCAUUGGCUGUGGUCACUGACCUCUAUACAGUCAUUGGCUGUCGCGGCUUGUCGCCGAACCGCGUCAUAGAAAGUUGAAAGGAUUUCAACUUCAAACUGUCGCGCUCGUCGCGCAAAUUGCUCUAGUCUCCAGAAUUGCUUUUGUCGCGCGACUCAAUACAAAGUCAAUUACUUCCGUCGCUCGCCUCGCUCUUGUCGCAGUAGGUGUAUUUCUGCGGUAGGCUAGCAGACGCAGAGGGAGCGGAGUUGGGACAAGCUAAAUGAGGAUAUUUAAAUUAUUGAGGACGAACGAAUGCUGUGUUAACGCUUCAUUUGAGCUUCGUAAAAGAUGUUUUGGAAAAAACAGCGAUAGAGAGCAACAGUUGCACUAUGCAGUAGGAUAUGUGUAGUGAAUGGUCAAUGGACUGCAUUUAGUUAGACUUCGAGUUUUGGCAAAGGACGCGCUCAACUUCUUGGAAAAAACUAAAGUCUUUGGGUGCGCGAUAA